UAGCCGUCGGAGCCGAGCAGUUGUCGAGCGACAAGCAAAGCGAGCGCACACCUGAUUUUUAACCUCGUAUCAAGUGUGUUUUUUCAUUUGAGUUUAAGUUAUCAAUUUUUUUUUUCAUUUCAUCCGAUUGUAUAUUUUUUUCAUUUGUUUCGCCACUGUAUUUUUUUAGUCUUGUUUCAUUCACCCGUCUCCAGUAAACCAAAUUAAUAACUUUUUUCCUUCGUAGUCGUAUUUCGUGUUAUUUAAAUGGAGAAAGUGAAAUGUUUUUGUGUUUUGUCGAAAUAAUUGACUGACCUCUUUCGCGAGUGAACCUCGACGAAAAUUUUCGUAAUAAGCGAUGAAGGAGGCCAUUUUCUUGAAGAAUAACACGGAGCAGCAGCAUCGAGGACCGAGGCAAUGAUAUGCGUUGAAAGAUUUCGGAACAAACGUAUCGAGCGAGAACCCCCGAGAUGCGCAUCAUGCCUGAUAACUCGAUCAUCGUCGGAGGUUCGUCCCGACAACGAGAUGGAAUGGUCCGAAUCAGUUGCUGCGAGGCUUGAACGCGGGGGCCGAGUAUCGGUCGUACAUCGGCCCAAGCCUUUGGCCCGCUCCGUCAAAUAAUUUAUUUGAGAGAAUGACGGUCUCUUAUCAAUACGAAGUAGCGAGCUCGACGAGCGGUGGAUUUACGAGGCUGCUCUUUAUGUGGCGUGGCUCGCUCUACAAACUCAUCUAUCGCGAACUCCUCCUCUUUUUAGCUCUAUUCGCAGCCAUUUCAACGAUCUACCGUUACGUUCUGACGAAACCGCACAAAAGAAAAUUCGAGCAAAUCGUCGUUUGGUGCGAUACCUUCAUCAGCCUUAUACCGCUGAGCUUCGUCCUCGGAUUUUACGUCGCUUACGUCGCCGCGAGAUGGUGGCAACAGUACAUCGCUAUUCCGUGGCCCGAUAAAGUGAUGCAUCUCGUCGCUUUGUACGUCACCGGAAAUGACGAGUACGGUAGAAUGCUGCGACGAGCACUUAUGAGAUAUCUAAAUCUGUCCCUCAUCCUUGUGCUGCGUUCGAUAAGUUCAGCUGUCAAGAGACGCUUCCCGACCCUCGACCACGUCGUUGACUACGGCUUUAUGACUUCCCUCGAACUGGAGCUGUUCCAAUCGGUGCCCAGCCUCGAAUUCAAUACUUACUGGAUUCCCUGCACGUGGUUCAUCAACCUGUUGAAAGAGGCACGACGCAGUCAUCGACUCCCGGACGCUCAGGGGCUCAAGAUCAUCAUGGAGGAAUUCAACGACUUUCGCUCAAAAUGCGGACUUUUGUGGAGCUACGAUUGGGUCUCCAUACCCCUCGUUUAUACUCAAGUCGUUACCUUAGCGACGUACAGUUUUUUCGUCGUUGCACUCGUCGGGAGACAAUACAUCGAGGGUGCCAAGAAGCCAUUUCAAAUGGAGGUCGAUGCUUAUUUGCCUAUAUUUACCAUUCUACAGUUCUUUUUCUACAUGGGAUUAUUGAAGGUUGCUGAACAAUUGAUAAAUCCGUUUGGCGACGACGACGAGGAUUUCGAGCUCAACUGGCUAAUCGACCGUCACACGAAGGUAUCGUAUCUCGGAGUCGACACUCUGAUGAACAGGUGUCCACCGCUGGUGAAAGACAUUUUCUACGACGCCGAGAACGUAACAUUGCCAUACACGGAAGCCGCGGCGGCCUACAAGAGGAAAACUUAUCGCGGAAGCGUAGCAAAUAUGACCGUACCGGAAGAGAAGCAAACGAUGUUUCUUCCGGAUAUAACGGAGGAGGAAGAGGACUCGAAGGCAUCGACGACUCCUCGGACUUCGACCGCGAGUGCGGUCCAUUUCCAUGAAAGUCCGAUGAACGGCAGGCGCCAGAUUAGCGAGUCCCCUUCGGCAACUCAUGCGAGAAUCGGUCGAAACGUUACUGAAACAAUUGUUGAGCUCGAUCUUCAAGAGAUCAAUGAAGAGAUCGCGCAAGCGGACAGACGCGCGAUAACGGAAGCGAUGAAGAUAACACCGGCGGGACGUUCCUCGAGGAAUUCGACCCCGCGAUUGGACCAAAACAGGAAGCCAUUUUUCACGGGGCCGAAGGCAGCCCGGGUGAAUUUGCAGCCCUGGCCGAGCGCGACGAACCUCUUACGAUUGGCCACUAAUCAGCACCAACAACAAACAGCCGCGGAAGCAACAGCUUCUUGCACGAAAAAAGAUAAGGAGCCGGAGCACGAAGCUUCCGAAAGAAGAGGUUCUACGACGCCCUCGAAGAGGCCACCCUUGAUCAGCAUCAGUCGUUACGAUCCGUCCCAGGAUGACGGAGACGACACCGAAACGGAAGAGGAAGAAGUAGACGAGGAAGAAGCGGCGAGUGAAACGCGCAGCGGAGCUUUCAUAAAUUCAGCUUUUUCCCAAGAACACAUCCCCGCGGCUGAGGCCGAAUCGCCACCGGCUUGUCGAUGUUAUGACGACAACUGUGCCAAUAAGCCUGACGACCGUUCCGACCUUUGUCAAUUCCAGUGCCUUCACAACGAGAGCUGCAGGCACGAGCGAGAACCAAUCGACGAACCGCCGGAGCUGGAACCCGGGCAAACGACACCGCGACGACGCCGGCUCAACAGUUGCCCCAAAUUGUUGAUGCGUCGCCAAAGCUCAACUGGCAGUCGCAAAAAGUGGAUAAGCUGGAAACGCUCCCAAGACGAAGACUCUGCCGUUAGACGAAAAACCGUCGACUCGGUACCUUCCGCUAGGAAAAUAAUCCCCCAAACCAGCAGUUCCCCCGAACUCAAAAGCUGGCCCCUGUCCGACCCGAGCAGCGACAGCGCCGCGCAUCCACCCAAAAGUGACCUUUGCCCACCCGAGACCAAAAAUCCCGAUGAUGAGCAAACAGAUUUUUCUCCCAAUACUUCAGAUGCACAGUGACUAUGAAAUUCCACGACGCAUAGCACACGCGGCUCAAAAUACGCCACCGCAAGUUCCACCCUGUCGGGUCAUUCAGACCCGGCAUUCUGUAGCAAGUUGACAAUUUUAUUUUUUUGAGCGAGUGACGAAUGAUCGAAGUUUCCAUUUUUUCGGAAAUUCUGAGCGACUAGUGCCCGGGCCAUUUUUUAAUUCGAGAUGAGGUUCCGUCAUCGAAACGUACUAUAGAAAUAAACUACGCUUUCACGGACUUUGAAAUUCGAAGGAAAAAACUUCACUCCGGUUUCGGAGAUUCGAGUUGCUUUCUCAACGGUGCGGAUUGCAAAAUGAUCGAUUUUUAAGGUUAUUUCGAGGUUUUGAGAUUGGAGCGGAUGUCACGCUGUUUAAUUAAUUUCGCGAAACACUGUUUCCUUAUAUUCACUCAGGAAUUCCUCGUCACUGAAAUUGGUACGCGCUGCGGCAAACUUGUGCGUUUGAUGGAUACCGAAAAUCUAGCAGGUUAUUUCUUCCUGUGCAUACUUUUCUUUUUGGACACACAUUUUUCUAUCUAUAACACUCUAUUGAAUGAUUUACUCAUUAUAGUAUUACACAACUGAUGCAUGUAUCUUCUUUCAGAUUUAUGCACACACCGAAUAUCGCAUCGUCAUUUUAGUGUGAAGACAUUUUGAAAGCGUUAUUUUUGCUAGUCGCUUUCCGUCGCAGUUGCAUCGAUACAGUAUUUUUAGUGGGGCUUUUACUUUUGAGAUAACGUGUAAAUACUGUAAAUAUAUACCAUUUUAAGAUAUACGAAUAUAUUUGACAGUUCGACAAAA